CCACAAUUCCACACGUGUCACUUCCGGUUGAUAGAAUGGUUGGUAAAUCGUUGUUAAAUUUAGCUGUUUUUCUCUUUUUCUCUGCUUCUUUGGCAUGGGGUGAUAAAUGUUUAUCACCAAAAGUCCAGUCAAAAGUAUACAGCACGUCAGAGAGUAUUUUGUCUUCACAAACCGUCUUUGUAGUUGAGUUUGGGCUAACUUGCAAGAAUAACGUUGAAAACCUCAACUUAUAUGCCGAUCUAAAUGGUUUUUCCGUACCGGCAACAAGAGUAGAAGGCUCAAGAGGCAAAUAUCAAGUAAGCUUUAGCGACGAACAUAAGAAGCUCCCCUCUGGACAGUACAGCGUACGAAUUUUCGAUGAUGAUGGAUUCGGCGAACUAAGAAAGGCUCAACGAUUAAAUGAAGAUACUUCAGGAAUUGCAAGUUUGUUCGAAGUGAAAAUUUCCCACUCUGGAGCAUCCAGAUCUUUUAUCGUACAAACUGAAUUUGUUGUUGCCUUAUUAGGUAUUGUUGUUUGGUAUUUGGCUUUUAAUGCUAAGUCGAAGCUUCAAGCUUAA